AUGGCGAGGCAGUAUUUCGCUCUCUUCGCCCUGGCCCUGUUGUGCGUGCAGGUUGGGUGCUGCGACUCUGAGAGAUUGGCUUCUCGGCUCAUGACGGCGCAGACUUUGCGGCUGCGAGGGGGGGGCUGGUUGGACUCGGUAUUCCAGUGCUUCGGAUCCUGCUUUACCCACCAGCACGGGGAGGAGAAUCACGACGGGAAACGGACGAAAUCUAGGAUAGGGCGCAUGGAGCGAACUAUCACGAUCAACGCGCCCAUCAAGAAGAUCUACAAGGUCAUUACAGACUUCAAGCACUACAACGAUUGGUCGGGGGAUGGGAUCAAAGACAUGGUGAUCAAGCAAAGCUCCCCGACAUUCUGGGAGAUCCAGUACAUCACGGGGUGUUUCGGCCUCAAAUUCUACUUCUCCAUGUACUGGGCAAUGAACGCUCCUUCUCGUGUUGCUUUCCGCAACGUCCACUCGACCAGGCUGAUCAAGAUGCUGAGGGGCGAAUAUACUCUUAAAGAGAUAUCCUCCAACUCUACUCAAGUGUUCUUUACAGUCUCUGCCGACAUCUCGGGGCCCAUCCCGCAUUUCGUCAAGGUUGCCAUAGCGAAGCUGCUUGUCCACAUUGCUUGCAUGGAUCUGAAGACUUACGUCGAGUCAGAGCGGUCGGACGUCAACCUGAAGGCUUACGGCCUCUGGCCUGAGGAUGCCGGCGUCGGCGCGACGAUCCAGCACAUCACUCGCUUCAUCUCUCAGAUGGACACCAAUGUCAAACCGUUGCGGGAGAUGAUCGUUUCCACCGCCACCUCUCACGUCAGGCGCAUUAAGCGCCAUUCCAAGCUCUACCUCAAUAGUAUUCUGCGCAUCGCAGCUCUAGGGUGGAUCGCUUCCAACUCGCUGAAAGUCAUUCAGAGUGCACGCAAGAGCGCGACCUGAGUGAGAGGGCGAGGGAGACAGGGAGACAAAAGCAGGAGCAAGCUGGUUACGGGAUCUCAACAGGGAGGAGGCAAGGAGUAGCUGAUCAGCUGGAAGGCCUUGAUGUCAACAUGCGCCGCAGGGCGCUUGGCAGUAGGCAUAGCUCGACAAGUUGCGCUGCAAGAACAUGUCACAAG